UACUGUUUCAAUAGAAUACCUUCAAAUUAUGCUAAUCAGCAAGCAAAAAUGUUAGUGAAUUAUAGCUCUGAUGAAUAUGACCUCCUCAUAUUAAGUGAAUAGGACUCAACUUGAUAUCCUAGUGAAAUCUGUUUGUCACUGAUCUGGAAGUCUGUUGGUUAAUAACCAAUGUUGGGUGUUUUUUCCCCAGUUAUUCUGGUUUCCUCCACAUUGACCUACAGUACUGACUGCUGUCAUAAAAGCUGUUGAGCACAAACACCAAUCAAAUAAAUAAGUACUGCCCACCUUAGUAUACCAUUAUCAAGCAAACUCCUAUCUUGUUUGGUGUGUAGUAUGUAGAGGUCACUACAAGAAUUGAUUGACAUGGUGUCACUACGCCUAUAUAUUGCACUGUGACUGAACAGAAUAUAUGUCUUAAAUUGUGUCUCAGGUUUGCAUGAUAUACAAUGUAUUGUGGAUGGCAAAAGCAAAGAUAUACCAAGUAUGUUACCAAGUACAUCACGGAACACUGCUGUGACAGCCAAAACACUGCGCAAAAUGAAAAGUGAAGAAUGUAAUUAGAGCCUAGUUUAUGUUACAGUUGACGUUUGCAUUGGUGUUGAAGGAUAUACAGGCCUAAGCCUAUCUAUUACGUCAACUUGAAGAUGAAUUGAAUUAGACGAUGCUCACUUUGGGUUCCCUAGAACCCAGGACACAUGACUGGACUAAUGAGAGGAUGUGCUUAAUUGAAUCCAACUCCUGUAGGUUUGGCUGCAGAAGUCAGGAGGUGCUGGCAAUUAAGUAGGCCCUACCUUGUAAAAUGGAGGAUUUCCUCAACUAUAGGGUAUUGUGGUGAAUGUAUAUACUCACUGGGUUGCUCUCAGACUCUUUGAUAGCCUUGAGGGCCGAUAGCUAGCACUGUGAUGGUGAUACAUUGUUGGCUGUCACCACAGUAUAAACCUGACAAAUAAUGUCAAUAAAGAGGAUAAUUCGUGUAUAAAUGAAGUCUUCAUCAGUACUAUAUUAAAAAAAACACUUAAAUAAAUGUGUAUCAGAUGAACUAUAACGAGCUAAAAAUGCUUCAGUUGUACUAAUGAGAGAAAAUGAGAAACAGUUGUAGGGCCUACAAUGUAAAGUCCGUUUUCGAUUUUACCUUUUAAACACUCCCAAGAAGUCAUGGCGUCUGCAUGCGCCAGUGUUUGCAGGCGCUCCAUCUUUUGCACAAAGCUAAUCCACACAGCUAAAACAGGUACAGGUGGGUUGUCAUGGAGACUUGGUCAAGAUGUGUUGAUUCCCAGACGAUGGUUUCUGCCGUGUGUUGCAGGAACAAACAUACAACAGAAGAGAGAGGCAAGCUUCUUCACAAGCUUGACAGCUGAUGAUCUGUGGAAGGGCGUGUCCGGUGUCAGUAAUGCGGGGAAAAAAAGGGGACGUGGUAAACGAGUUGGCAGAAAGCGGAAGACAGACUUAAAUAGAGGACAGUUCAUUGGAGAAGGCCGAUCAAACAUGGUGUGGCCUGGGUUAAACGCCCCUGUAAUAAAGGGCAAGGAGGUGAUCCAGAUAAAGAAGCAGCCUCCUAAUCCAGAGUUUGAUACAGAAAUACAGAAGAUCCGAGAUAAAAUGAAUGUGUUCCGCGUGAUGAAAGUGCCCCCUUUACAGCGAGGCUGGACAGGUGCCCGUUUUCCUGGCAUGAGCAUGGGGCCGCCAGAUCCUGUUGAUGAUUACGUGUUUGAGGGAUUUGACUCCAGAAUUUUAGAGUUUAAGAUGGUUACAAAUAUGACUGGAAACCUUGGAAGAAGAAUGCGAUUCAGCGUUUUCAUCGUUGUUGGCAACAAGAAUGGUUUAGCAGGUUAUGCUCUUGCGAAAGCGUCUAAUGCCAAAGUGGCUAUCAGAAAGGCAAAGAAUAUGGCUGGUCAGAAGUUGAGUUAUAUACAGAGAUAUGAUGGUCAUACAGUGUAUCAUAAUUUCUACACAAAGGAGGAUAAAACAGCCAUCUUCGUUAACAAGAGAGAGAAAGGUUAUGGACUGAGGUGCCACAGGGCGCUGAAGACCAUUUGUGAAGUUGUUGGUAUUACUGAUAUGUAUGCAAAGGCAGAGGGUUCCAAAAGCAACAUUCAGAAUCUAACAAAGGCUUUUUUCAAGGGCUUACGAAAUCAAGAAACACACCAGGAGUUAGCAGAUCGCCUGAAGCUUCACGUCAUUGAGUCAUCUCCCAGCAGAAAUAACAUGCCAGUUGUUGUUGCCUCCCCUAGUGAUGGUCAGACCAGGGACCAGGUUCUACCAGAGGAGGACCUGAACUUUGACAGGCUUUACUACGAUGGCAAAGUGCAGUACAUUAAACCAGAGAAGCCAAAGUUUUAUGAGCGACUCCCGUCGUGGAAGUGGAAGUUAAAGGAGCUGACACGACGUAGGAAUCAGCCUGAUGCUCAGAUAGAGAGAUUGGCUCUUGGUCUGGAGAAGUCAGGUGUGAUCGAGUCCAAAAAGGUUUUUGAGGAGCCAUGAUUUGUGUACAUGUAGGUCUGAAGAAGUUUGGUGUCAUGGAGUCAGAAAAGAUCAUUGAGGUGCCAUGAUUUGUGUAGACUUUUGAGAAGCCCUGGUUUGUGUAGGUCAGGCAAAGAUGGGUGAGCUGGAGUUUGAACAGGUGUCUGAGGAUCAGUAAACAGGAAUUUUUUGGAAUACAGGUGCACAGGUUUGGUGUUUAGGAGAGUGCUGAGUGAAGGAUAUCAGUGCACACUGUAUUUACCAAACAUGAUCAUCUGUUAGGCUAGGUUUUCUGAUCAUGCCAUUAAGCCACCUGCAAUAUCUAUGGGGACAGUUUUAUGAUGCUCACUUUGCUAUUAAAGUUUGCCCUUGAAGACGUAUGUUGUAGAGAUAUAAGGUGCACUUCAUCUACAUGUAAGGGCUACUUUAGCCUAAAUAUGCUUCAGGAAAGAUAGUCUGUUUUGAUUCGCAAUUAGACAAUACAUGAACGUCUACAUGUCUGUCCUCUCCUACAGGUAAACUAUAUAAACUUACUGUUAUCAAGUCAAAUUUCUCUGUAGUGUGCUCAUUAGUGCCUUGAUGGUUGUGUUAUUCUGCUGUUUUCUCAUGACUCACGUUUUGUAUUAAAUUUGGAAGAAGUGAUUUCUUCUUGGAGCUUUUCUGAUCUCUUCUUUCAGUAAUGUGUGUGUGUCAUCCGGUAUAACAUUUGUCUUGGGUUUUCCCUUUUUCACAUGGGUAUGAGGAAUGGUGUCUUGUGUCCCGCAGGAAAAGUCGUGAAUGUACAAAUAGAAUAUAUAGUACCAGUAACGUUUUCUUAUCAAGUGUUACUUUUGCUGUUUGGUGCCUAGGAGGCUCAGAGUGUUCUGACGGCGGAAUAUGUCCAUUUGUGUAAGAUGAUCAGGAAAAGCUCAGCAGACAAUAGAGUGCUCCUUGUAUACAUUGGCUCGGAAUAUAAGCUAGUUUGUAAAACUGCAUUUUCAAAUCAUAUGAUAGUCUUGAGCUCCUUGUCUUUACAACAUUAAAUUACAUUACAACAUGUCAUUCAUUAUACAAGUAAAAGAUAUGUCCCCAAAGUUUUUAUCAAGUUCCGGUUGCAAACAUCUUUACAUACUUUCGAAAGUUUCAGUGAAGAAAUCCUUCAGUUAUUCAGAGGUUUGAUAUCAGUCGUGUAAUUUUUUAAUAAAAGCCCAAA